AUGUCCGUGAUGGACAAAGUCAUGGACAAUGAGCCCUCGGAGAAUCAUGACUUCCUGAAGACAGUGGAUCGCCUAGUGAAACUCAAAGCCGAGAACCCAAAAAUUCGGUUGAGUGGGCCCAAUCCGUUGAGGGAAACCAUCGUGGUUUCAGAGGAGGAGAAGGUUGGAAUGCGUGGCCCGAAACGCAAGUUCCUGGAACUGUCCAAAUACGAACAGCGAUUCGGGCCGGCGCCGCCCGGACAGAUCAAAACUAUUUCCUUCAAGGGCCAGAAAAUUCGAGGUGUGGACGUCAUCAAUGAAGAAGACGAAGGAGUCUACGAAUAUAUAGAAGAAACUUCAAAGAUGCUUGGUCGCCACACGGAAUUGAAUGAGCCAGAUUUAGAUGUUGGUGGCACUGAGAACUUCUACAUGGCAGCUCUCCAACAAAUCAAUGCGGGUGCUGCAAGUUCCAGUGGGCAGGCAGUGACGAUUCCAACAUCGCAAGGACCAACGUCCAGUGGGAAAUCUAGGAUUGAAGAUGCUGCGAAAGGAGAAGCUGGCGCUGGCAAUUUGGAUGAGGAGACCUGUUUGACUCUUUGUAAUCUAUAUUUAACUUUAACUAUCUAUAUUUGA